AUGAUCAUCCCCCCACUACGGCUGGAAGAAAUAAUGGACGUAUCAACCGACUCGGGCACGAGUCCUUCUAUCGAAGAGGAUAUGACUCAAUGUACCCAUGGACAUAGUCUCGUUCAAGUCGGAAAGGAUCUUCUCAUCGAAGUCGACGACCAAUACCUGAAAGAAAUCGAGCGACAUCCGUUCAUCGGCGCCAGAGAGCGCCAGGUUGUGGAAGUUGGAGAACAGUCAUUCACAGGAAUGGAGCGACGCAUCAUGGCCGAACAGAAGCGUCUUACUACACUACCGGUUUUGCAACUCAUGCAGCAGGGCGAUCUCCCCGACCCCAUCACCUGGGACCAAGCGAAGAAUGAUCCCCGCCUUCUCGAACAACUCGCCGUUCAGCAACGCAAGCUGGUCAAUAUCAUCGGAACCUGGAUCAGUCGCAUCCAUUCGCUCGACCGAAAAUUCGAUGUAGAGCGAAGGGAGCAAAUCAUCCGGGGUCUAUCGACCUCCAGACCGCAAGUUCACUCUCUACUGAACGGCGUCUGGCAACAAAGGUCUGGUCUUGUUGAGGCAAGUAAGUCCAUGCUGGGGAAGGCCAAUACAUUGAUACCAUCUUCUAUUGUGGACCAAUUCCUGAAAGAGCACCCUCAUCCUGCGAUAAGGCUUCGAUGGGAUGAAAUGCUGUUUGCUAGACGAGAUACACAUGGCUCGUUCUAUCCGACGGAUCCUGUCGUGCUCUCGGAAUUCCGUUCUUUGGCUGAGAAGAGGCGGCGGAAUAAGAGUCUGACGGAAGAGACGCAACCUUUCAGUCUCUUCAUAUCGCCGGCCCCUGGACCAGACCAAGGCAUCGCAUACUUUGGAACGUACACCUUCGUCGACUUCGGGCAGAUAAUGCCUCUUUCGGCGUGGUUGUCCCUAGAGGAACAGAUAAAACAAACCGUGGCGCGUACAUUUGCUACGCUGAACGGCUCCUCGAGUCAACAACAGUGGCGCGAUGCGCUCGACGCGGGUGUGCUCUCCCUUCCACUCGCAUUCCUCAGGUGCUGUGGCCACGACCCAUGUCUCCUCAUGGCGCUGCAGUGGAUGUCCGAUUUGAACAAGGGCUCGGACGCCGCCUGAGCUGCAAGAUAGUUGCCGUAAUAUAUACUGUCU